CAUAGACACGCAGGAGCCAUCUCUCCACUCCCAGAGUAAUUCACACUCCUAGAUUUAAGACUGCAGCCAUGGCUACGAAGAAGACGGCACCUACGGAUGAUGAGCUAUUGGCUCAGCUCGACGAUUUAGGCAGUAAAGCCACGUCUCGUCCCUCGAAAGCAGCCACGAAAACGAAACAGACACAACCCAAUCAAUCAUCGCAGUCUGAAAAAGAGCUGCUCGCAGAACUCGGCAACCUUGCCCAACGACCUGCCAGUCGACCUGCCACUCCUUCUCUCAAGCCAAAUGCUCCCUCUACCACCGGCGCUCGAUCCCCAAAGCGUACAUCCACAGGCACUCCUCCACCUGGACGGACGAGUGAAGAGAAGUCUAGCAAUGGUCAGCGGAAGUCGGGUGACAGUAUGCGUUCAUUUCAUCAAAGCUUCACGCCGGCCACUACCUCGACUGAAGACUCAGCAGACGCCGAUGCGACCCCCGAGCCAGCGCCUGCCCCUUCGAAGGGUGGUGGAUGGUGGGGAGGUCUACUGUCAACCGCCUCUGCCGCAGUCCACCAGGCCCAGGCAGCCGUGAAAGAGAUACAGAAGAAUGAGGAGGCACAAAAGUGGGCAGAUCAAGUUCGAGGCAAUGUAGGGAUGCUUAGAGGCUUUGGCGGUGAACUGAGGUCAAUGGCAAUGCCUACUUUCCAAAACAUCCUACAGACAAUCGCUCCACCGAUUUCGUCGCACGAACGACUACAAAUCCAUAUCACGCACGACCUUACCAAUUACCCAACCUUAGAUCCUCUCAUCUACCAAGUCUUUAGCAGAGUCAUGGCGCAGGUGGAGGGUGGGGACCUCAUGGUGGUACAACGGGGCCAUGAGGCUGGCCCAAAACGCGAUUCAAAAGAAAUGAGCCGGCCACUGGGUUCGUGGCAUGAUGGACCCUGGUGGAGAAGUGGCGAGAGACGGAGUAUCAAUGCCAUCAAAGGAAUGAUAGAGGGCAGCAAGUUGGUGCGAGCAUCUGCAGAGGGAUAUGCUGAAGAAUUCUUUGCCACUCGAGGUGGUGUAGAGGAGGCAGCUAAGAAAGCAACCGAAACCCUCUCCGAAUCGAACCCGACCAGAGACAGCGAAAUCUUCCUCGCCAUACAAGCCAUUUCUCAGCCCGUCUCAAAGGAUUUAUUUGCGGCAGCACCAAGCUCAGAGCAAGAGGGACAGGUUCAAGAAGCAGAAGAUGAUAAGAAUGCAGAAGAGGUUGUAUUCGCUAUCUAUCUGCACGAUCCCAUCCAUGGCAUCGCCUUCCAAGCCGUAUCCCAAGCUCUCCCAGGGCAGUGGAUGGAGUGGCUGGAUGCACCUAGCGGGGGAGAAGGCACAUUGCCUGAGAGUAUUGAGGAGAUCAUCUCAAGUGGUGGCAUUGACCCUAGGGAGUGGGUGAGUGAAUGGGUUGAGGAAACUUUGAACUUGGCCGUCGGCGUCGUGGCUCAGAGAUACGUGGCCAAACGAAUGGGAGUUGGCGAGGGUGGUGCCGGCAAGGGUAAGCUGAGAGCGGAUCCAGGGCAGGAAGCAAUGCUCCAAUCUGGUGGCGGAGAGGCUGCUCGAGCGUUGGGUGGUAUGUGAUGACUGCGUGUCGACUUAUUUGGGACUUGUGCCCCUAGAUAUACCAUGUGCUGCGAUGUUGGAGUAUGGAGUUUAGUCAACAGGACAUUUCCUGGAUUUCCGGCACCUAUGAUCAUCCAUGGACGGUAUUCCGACAACAGGUACAAUAGGUCUUGCCUCUGUAUGUUAGGUGUUUUGACAAAGAACGAUGGUCCCAAUGUAACAUCUCUCUCGGAGUUCUCAAUACUGUCCACCGCUUGCUGAGUCCGCUUUCAUGGUGUGAGGCGCCGCUGGG